AUGUUGCUCAAUUUAAAGGAUUUAAAUACUUUGGAAGAAGAAAUAUUUAAAGAUCUAGUGGACGUACGAAACUUCAAACGAUCUAUUCAGCACAUUUUUAAAGCCGUAUCAAGACAGCAAACAUCCAUUUCUGGAACUGCCGAACGGGAACCGGAAUGGUUAAAACUGAACAUAAUGAUGUUAGAGAACCGUCCAUCAGCGAUAAAUGUGUUUAAAACGCCAGAGAAUCAAGAUCGACUUAGAGAUCAAGCGUCUUCUCCCCGACAAGGAUUGGAAUUUGAAAAUGAAUCAGGCAUGCUGGGAUUGUGCCGAGACCAACGCAUGGUCUCACCUAUCAUUUUUGAGACGCAACCUCCCAAUGAGAUUUCGUACAAUUUCAACGCGAACACAACAAAUAAAAUUACAUUGCCAGCUGAUUAUGAAGUACAAUAA